GGCGUGAUGAUGAUGAUGAUGAUGAUGAUGAUGGUGUGGAGUCUGAGGCUCACACGCAUGAAUCAGUGAAGUAGAGUUGUUUCCUGGAGGGAUGUUUGAUGCUGUCCUCACCCUUGCACUUAAGUUUUAUUGGCGCUGGAAACAAAGUCUGUCUGAAGACUCGCGCGCUCUUUGGAACUGAAUUUACGCGUCUAGAAUAUUUCCUUAAUCUAAGGACGCGAUUCAGGAUUCAUGAAGCAGGAUUGACUGAAGGUAGAAUUUAGCGCAUUUUAGCAGUGCAAAAUGUGCGAAAAAAGCGACAACCACUUUGGAACGGACGCUUCUCAGACUGGGCAGAUGAAAAGCUCCGAUGGAAACUUCGAUCAGGUUGAAAUCUCCGAAUGUAGAGACAUUGUUCCUACCUGUAACGCGCGCUUAUACCGGAGGCGAUGGCUCAUUUUGUGUCUCUUUAGCUCUUAUUCGCUUUGCAACGCGUUCCAGUGGAUCCAGUACGGAAUCAUCAACAACAUCUUCAUGAAAUUCUACAACGUCUCUUCAUUCGCCAUCGACUGGCUGUCAAUGAUCUAUAUGCUGACUUACAUCCCCUUCAUAUUUCCAGUGACAUGGCUGUUGGAGAGGAAGGGGCUGCGGGUGAUCGCUCUGCUCGCAGCCUCGAUCAACUGCGUGGGAACGUGGAUCAAAGUGGCCAGCGUUCAGCCCAACCUGUUCUGGGUCACGAUGCUCGGACAGUUCGCCUGUUCCUUUGCGCAGGUGUUCAUUUUGGGAAUGCCGUCUCAGGUCGCGUCCGUGUGGUUCGGAUCUGAUGAAGUGUCCACCGCCUGCGCCAUCGGCGUGUUUGGAAACCAGCUUGGCAUUGCUAUUGGCUUCUUGAUCCCGCCGGUUCUUGUGCCCAACGUGGAUGACAUGAAUGAACUGGCUCAACACAUCAGCGUCAUGUUCUACAUCACAGCCGCUGUGGCCAGCCUCAUCUUUCUGCUGGUCGUGUUUGUGUUUCAGGAAAAGCCUGAAAUCCCUCCGUCUCUGGCUCAGGUAGCGCUCAGAGACGUGCCCACCGCUCAGUACUCAUACCUGGCUUCAAUCGCAAGACUUUUCCGCAACAAGCCCUUCAUCCUCCUCCUCAUCAGCUAUGGACUAAACGUUGGAUGUUUCUAUGCCGUUUCCACCCUGUUGAACAGGAUGAUAAUAGAGCAUUACCCUGGUGAAGAGGUGAAUGCUGGGAGAAUUGGCUUGACUCUCGUCAUCGCUGGCGUGGUCGGCUCUCUGCUCUGUGGAAUCUGGCUAGACAAGACCAAGACUUAUAAGCAGACAACGCUCUCAGUGUAUCUGCUGUCGUUUGUGGGGAUGGUGAUCUACGCAUUCACCCUGAACUUGGGUCAUCUGUGGGUUGUGUUCCUCACAUCAGGACUGCUGGGGUUCUUCAUGACGGGUUAUCUGCCGCUGGGCUUUGAGUUUGCAGUGGAGCUCACGUACCCAGAGUCAGAGGGAACAUCAUCUGGACUGCUCAACUGCUCAGCGCAGAUGUUUGGAAUCGCAUUCACCAUCCUUCAAGGCAAAAUCAUCGAUCACUUCAGCACAUUGGCCGGAAACAUCUUCCUCUGUGUGUUCCUCCUCAUCGGCUCCAUCAUGACAGCACUCAUAAAAUCUGACCUGCGGCGACAGAAGGCCAACAGUCAACCUCAGACAGAGGUGAACGCUGACUCAUCCUUACAUUCCCAAGAUGGAAAAUCAUUACCGGUAAAAGAGGUGAAGAUGUGAAGAUGGAAACUAUUGGAAUCACACUCCCUUCUCUCCAUAUGAACCAUCAUACGCAUAAAUCCUCCUGAACUUACACAGCCAAUAUCUGAACAAUGAUGGCUCAAACACAGGUGAAAGUACAGUAAGAUUCCUACCUUUAACCCUUUGCUGUUCAUUCAUGAAACACAAGUGCAAAAAAUUGGAGACUGUUGAAUUCAAUUUGCACAAGUAUGGUUGCUUGUGUUUCAUGUUGUAAUGUGUAAUUUUCUAUGCCUAAUGUGUAUCAUGAUGUUUGCAUGAUGGCUCCUUAGAUCUGACCUAAACUUUAGUUACGAGAAGAACUAAAUGUUUUUAUCACUAGAAGUACUAGUAUGAAGUGUCUAAUCUAGGAAAUUAGAGAAGAAAGUAUUUUGGGAAUAUCUGCAAUGAUUAAUGUGUGUUAUAGUGUGCAAUGUAAUGUGUGAUUGAUUACAGUGCCCUGCAUCAUAUUU